CAAAUCGGGUGGAUAGGGUGUGGUGUAACUAUAUAUAUAACUCAUUUUGAGCCUCUGUCAUUGUUGAUCGUAAUUUCAAUUAAACAACAUGUUUGUAAAACUGGCCGUAUUAUCUUGUGCAGUGGCGAUGGCGAGUGCCGUAUGGAACGGACCGUUGGCGGGUGGAGUACCAGCCCACCAGUUUCCUGCCGGUGUAAGCCCCCAGGCUUGUCCGAACUUCCCCAACUGUGCCAACCCCGCGGUUGCCGCCCAACCCAAUUCCCCCGCUCCAAACCAAUGGAACGCCGCCCCACAACCUUGGAACGGCGGCCAACAAAGCUGGAACGGCGGUCAACAAGGACAAUGGAAUGCCGGUGCCUACAAUCCUGCCCCAGUCCCUCAAUACAAUAACGGACAGGCCGGAUUGAGCCCACUUGAUAGAGGUGAAUACACUGGGGAUGGUGACUACCGCGGCGAAGGACUCGCUGAAUCUGGUGCUUAUGGACCUCACUCAAGUUGGAACAACAACAACAACAACAACCAGGGCUACAAUCCUGGAGCUUACAAUCCACAGGCUCCACCAGCAGGACUUGGUCAAAUUCCAGCAGGAGUUAACCCACAAUCUUGCCCCAACUAUCCAUUCUGCCACUAAAUGGCCAUCAGAAAAUCAACAAAUAAAUAAAAAAAAGUAUACAAGUCAGACGCCAGCUGACAACAUGUUGUUUGUAACCUAUAAGUGAAAGUAUAUUUGGAUUAGAGCAGUUCAAUUUUUAAGAUGCUCAAUAAAAGCUGUGUUCACAUUGUAUCUUGUUAACUAGAUGUAAAUUUAAAUCUAUUUAAAAAUAAAUUUUGUAAAAUGA